AUGGGCGGUCACUUAUCGCAUCUCAAACCUGAGCAACAUUCUGAAAUUCUCGAAACUUCGGCUGGUCCAAUUAAGGGCAAUGAGUAUAGACAUGUGAGUUUUGGGAAGUUUUUUAAGGUCCUUAAGGUUGUUCUGGACAUUUUUAGGGUCAUUGAGGUUCUUAGAAGCAUUUUUAAGGAUCUUAGGGUUGUUUGGACCAAUGUGAGUUAAGACAUGUGAGUUAAGAACAUUUUUAAGGCUUUUAAGGUUGUUCGGAACAUUUUAAAGGAUCUUAGGGUUGUUCGGAACAUUUUUAGGGCUCUUAAAAUUUAUUAAGAAAUUUUAUGGUAAUUUAAGGUGCUUAAGGUUAUUCAGAACAUUCUUAAGGUAUCCGAUGCUCUUAAGGUUUUUAAAAAAGAUUUUUAAGGUCCUUAAGAGCAUUUUAAAGACUCUUAAGGUUACUUAAACAAUUUUGAGAAUCCCCCCAAAGUUUAAAAUACAUUUUUAAGGUGAUUAAGAUUAAGGUUCAAUUCCAGGACUCUGGAAAAAUCGUCGUCGACGGCUACCUCGGAAUCCCCUAUGCAAAUCCGGUGCGCAAAUUCCAAAAAGCCCAAAUGGCCGAUUUGUGGUUGGAGCCGCGAGAUUGCACAAAAUACGGACCGAUUUGCUCACAAUUUGGCACAUUUUCCGAGAUGGAAAUGGUUCAGAAACAAUUUGAGAAGUUCGAGGUUGACGAUGAGAAAUGUUUGAAUUUGAAUGUUUUUGCACCGCGGUGGAAGAGUGAGGAAUUUGUGAGUUUGCGGGGGGCUUUAUGGGGCUCGGGGAGCCUUUUUGGGGCUUUGGAAGCCUUUCGGGGGCUCGGGAAGCCUUUUUGGGGCUCGGGAAGCCUUUUUGGGGCUCGGGGAGCCUUUUUCGGGCUCGGGGAGCCUUUCUGGGGCUCAGAAAGCGUUCUGGUCUACCAACUUCAAUUCCAGGCCAAAUCGGGCCGUCCGGUCAUGGUUUUCAUCCACGGCGGAGCGUUCGAAUGCGGAACAUCCGCCAGCUUCGACGAUUAUUCGCUUUCCGCGUCGCUUCCGCUCCGCGACAUUAUUCUGGUGACCAUUAAUUAUCGCGUGGGACUUUUUGGAUUUUUGACGGAUGGGUCGAAAAAGUAUCCGGGUUGGUUGAAUUAGCAUUGGAGGGCACUUGCAAAAAAUUUUGAAAAUUUGAAUUUUUGUUAAUUUUUCCCAGUUAUCAUUAGAGCGCACAUGCUAUUUUAAUGGAAAAGUUUGAAUUUUUGAUAUUCUCAUCAGAGCGCACUUGAACAAAUUUUGAACAUUCAAAUUUUUGUUAAUUUUUCCAAGUUAUCAUUAGAGCGUACAUGCUUUUUUUCGAUAGAAAAUUUUGAAUUUUUUGAGAUUAUCAUUAGAGCGCACUUGAAAAAACAUCUGAAAAUUUGAAAUUUUGACAAUUUUUCCAAGUUAUCAAUAGAGCGCAAUUGCCAUUUUGAAAGAAAUUUCUGAAAAUUUUUCUGAAAAAAUUUCUGAAAAUUCAAAUUUUUGUCACAUUUUCUGGAUUCUCAUUAGAGCGCACUUGAAAAAAAAUUGAAAAAUUCAAAUUUUUGUCACAUUUUCUGGAUUCUCAUUAGAGCGCACUUGCUAUUUUGAUAGAAAAUUUAUGAAUUUUUUGAGAUUCUCAUUAGAGCGCACUUGAAAAAAAUUUAAAAAUUCAAAUUUUUGACAAAUUUUCUGGAUUCUCAUUAGAGCGCACAUGCUUCUCUACAGUAACCCCAGGCUUAUUUAGUGUCAAAAAAUCGGAAAUUUUCAGCACAAUCAAAUCUAGUCUCAAAAAAAUUUUUUUUUUCAGGAAAUCUUGCUCUCUGGGAUCAAACCCUGGCUCUCGAAUGGGUCCAAAAACACAUCGCAAGUUUCGGCGGCAACCCGGGAAAUGUGACAAUUUUCGGGCAAAGUGCCGGUGGCGGAAGUGUUGAUCUACUUAGCCUAAGUCCAAAAUCCCGUGACCUGUUUCACAAGUGGAUUCCGAUGUCAGGUGCGGCAAUGUGUCAUUUCUCGAUGCGGAAAUUUCCGGUAGCCAUGAAGAACUACCAAAGCCUCGCGGAAAGCCUAGGCUUUCCGGGCGGCCCGGAAGGCCUGGUAGAGUUCUUCGAAGCCCAGAGCACUUCGGACAUCAAGAAGGCCAUCAAGGACUUCAAAUAUAGUGGAGAUCUGAUUUUCGGACCGACUUUCGAUGGCGAUUUCUUUCCGCAACCUUUGGGAGCGUUGCGGAAAGACGCGCGGAAGAAACCGGCGAUUUUCGGGCUCUGCGAAUAUGAGGGAUUGUUGUUUGCGACGCAUGCCGCGCAUCCGGAUCCGGAACAGGGUUUCCGCGAGCAAUUGGAGAGGUUUUAUAAUGAGGAUAAUUGUAUUGGUGAGUUUUUGGGGGCUCCAGAGCUCAAAAAAUCGAUUUUCAGUCAAAUUUUCAGUUCUGGAGCAUAUUUUCAAGCUUCAGAGCACAAAAAAUCGAUUUUCAGCCAGAUUUUCAGUUCUGGAGCAUAUUUUCAAGCUUCAGAGCACAAAAAAUCGAUUUUCAGUCAAUUUUUGAGGUCUGGAGCAUAUUUUCAAGCUUCAGAGCUCGAAAAAUCGAUCCCGAGCUCAAAAAUCUUCCAGAAGAUCCUUCAGCAAUGCGUGAAAAAGUCUACGCCUUCUACACACGCGGAAUCACUUCCGGAGACAAAAGACGCGCUGCGGAAAGCGCUCGUCAACUUCAUCGGCGAUCAAAUCUUCAACACGGGAAUUUUCGAAGCGGCGCGGAACGCGGCGCGAUGCGGAAACGACGUCUACGUCUACAGUUUCGAAUAUCACAACGCGGAAGCGGAGUACGGUGCGCUCCAACACAUUUUGCCGUUCAAAAAUGCCGCGACGCACUGCACGGACUUGCGAUAUUUGCUGGGGGAUGGGAUUUACACGGCGUUUGGGGAGUUGAGUGCGGAAGAUCGGGAGGUUAUGGAGCGGAUGGGCAGAUUUUUUGGGAAUUUUGCGAAAUAUGGGUAGGUCUGAAGAUUUGCAGCAUUUUCAUAUCAAAUAUGACUAUUUUUCGUAAUUCAAAAAAAAAUAAAAAUUUGAAAAUUCUCCAUAAAAUCUUAUUGUUCAAUAGAGCGCAUUUCGCAUUUUCAAUCGAAUUUUCUUGAUUUUCUCGAAAUUCGGAGCAUUUUGACACCAAAUAUCACUAUUUUCGUAAUAAUUCAAAAAAAAAAUAAAAAUUUGAAAAUUCCCCAUAAAAUCAUGUUGUUCAAUAGAGCGCAUUUCGCACAGUUGCACCUCCCGGUUCUCCUUUGCUUGAUAUUGCAAGGAGGUAGACGUCAAAGAUGGCAGUGGAUUUAAACCACUAGCAAGGAAAAAUAACAAAACACGGAUUUUAGGCCAAACUUUAUGUUUUUGACCAAAAUAAACAAUGAAAAUACAGAUACAACUUCACGAGGAAGUGUAUCAAUAA